CUGUCUGAACAGCAACUCAUAGACUGCGCCACCAACGGUGGCAACUAGGGCUGCCAAGGCGGCUGGAUGGACAACGGCUUCCAGUACAUCAUCGACAACCAAGGCAUUAGCUCCACGUCGGACUACCCGUAUGUUGGGGCCGACGGUACCUGCGACGAGCAGGCCUCGUCCAUCACCAUAGCCAAGAUUUGGUCCUACAGGGACGUCAACCCGAGCGAGGACGACAUGCUGCCAGCUGUGGCGAUGCAACCGGUGUCGGUGGUGCUCGAUGCGAGCAGGUACAAGUUCGAGAACUACAAGGGCCAGGUCUUCACCGGCCCGUGCGGCGCCAAUAUGAACCACGCAGUGACCGUGGUCAGGUACGGGGCGGAUGCGGACGCGACCAAGUUUUGGUUGAUGAGGAACUCUUGGGACGUUUGGUGAGGCGAGGAAGGGUACAUGAGAAUACAGAGGGAUGCUGGGGUUGAAGGUGGCCUUUGUGGACUUCCCUCGAAAAUUUCUUAUCCAGUUGCAUAAGUAUCUAUCUAAGAGAUUAUGGCUCCAAGUUUGGUCGAUAUGAACUGAGCUUAGUCUUAGUUGAAAUAUUUCGGAUUAAUUACUAUAGUUAAUUUCGUGUAUUUACUGUUUUAAUUUCAGCUAGACCCCAUGCGACCUUGUCUAGGUUUCUUAGGCUGAAGUUUCUCGUGUGUUUUAUGAUAAUGAGAAUAAAGAGGACUUGAAGACGGUCCUUGAAUUUUA